CCUCAUUGCCCUGAGCAUACAAUCCCCACUCCCCCCCUUGGCCUUGUAGGACUAACACUGGCUGACCAGCAAUCUUGGCCUUACUUGGGCCCUCCGAGCAGCACUGGCCUAGUUUAUCUUUUGCCUGGCCCUGGCCCUGGUCCUUUGCACUCGCUACAUGUUUUGCCUGGGUGGCUCUUCACCUAGAGCUGUGCUUAACUGGCCCUUGCCAGUGAGGUCCGGGGGUAAAUACCACCUCUGAGUGGCCUUCUCUGAGCACCCUACUGGAGCAGCCCUGCCCCAGGCCUGUCAGACAACCUGCUGGACUGUGUGCACAGCUUCAAGAAAUGUGUGGAAGAAUGGAAUUAAAAGUUACGCCACCUGCUCUUGGGCUUUCUGAGCCUCAUUCACCACAUCUGUAAAAUGGGCAUGAGAACAACACCUGGGAGAUGGGCAGUUGCUGUGAGAGGAUAAGUGGAGAGCACUGGGCACUCGCCGCCAGGGCUAGGCCAGGCCAAAGUGAAGAAGCUGGAACUCCAUCCUGGUCUGCCCAUGGGUGAUUGGAACUCAAGCACUUGAGCCAUCACCGGCUGCCUCCCAGGAUAUGCGUUAGCAGGAAGCUGGAUCAGAAGCAGAGGGGAGACUGGAACUCAGGCACUCCGAUCUGGGAUUUGCAAAGCAGGACCUUUCUGCUCGCCCUGCACAGAGAAUCACCAUUCUCUCUGGGCCUCUGCGUGCGAAGAUGUGAUUCCUCAGCCUCCUUGCAGCUGUAGACCCUUGGACUCCGCAGUGCAGCUCAACAGUGGCAACUGGGGCUCCAGGGCUCCAGCGGGGGCACUCAUUCUCCCCGAGACUGAGAGCAGGGCCCGCUCACCACGCAGUACCUGUGGCACCGCUUCAGCGCCGACCUUGGCUACAAUGGCACCCGCGACAGGGGGGGCUGCGGCAACCACAGCACGAACCCCACGAUGCAGAGAGUGGAGACCCUUACCUCCCACUGGACCCUCUACAUGAACCUGGGAGGCUUCCUGGUGGGGCUCUUCUCGUCCACCCUGCUGGGAGCCUGGAGUGACCGCGUGGGCCGCCGGCCCCUGCUGGUGUUGUCCUCGCUUGGCCUGCUGGCCCAGGUCGUGGUGUCCAUCUUUGUGGUGCAGCUGGAGCUCCACGUCGGCUUCUUCGUGCUGGGCCGCAUCCUGUGUGCCUUCCUGGGGGACUUCGGGGGCCUCCUGGCUGCCAGCUUUGCCUCCGUGGCAGAUGUCAGCUCCAGGCGCAGCCGCACCUUCCGGAUGGCCCUGUUGGAAGCCUGCAUCGGUGUGGCGGGGAUGCUGGCGAGCCUCCUUGGGGGCCACUGGCUGCGGGCCCAGGGUUAUGCCAACCCCUUCUGGCUGGCCUUGGCCUUGCUGAUAGCCAUGACUCUCUACGCAGCGUUCUGCUUCGGGGAGACCCUGAAGGAGCCGGAGUCCGCCCGGCUCUUCACGUUCCGUCACCACCGAUCCAUUAUCCAGCUGUACGCGGUGCCCUCCCCGCAGAAGUCCCGGAAGCAAUUAGCCCUGUACUCGCUGUCCAUCUUCGUGGUGCUCGCUGUGCACUUUGGGGCUCAGGACAUCCUGACCCUCUAUGAGCUGAGCUCACCCCUCUGCUGGGACUCCAGGCUCAUCGGCUACGGGUCUGCAGCCCAGCAGCUCUCCUACCUCACCAGCCUGCUGGGCCUGCGCCUCCUGCAGUGCUGCCUGACCGACAGCUGGGUGGCCGAGAUUGGCCUGGCCUUCAACAUCGUGGGGAUGGUGGUCUUUGCAUUUGCUACCAUCACGCCCCUCAUGUUCACAGGGUAUGGGCUGCUCUUCCUGUCGCUGGUCAUCACGCCCAUCAUCCGGGCCAAGCUGUCCAGGCUGGUGAGCGAGUCGGAGCAGGGCGCUCUCUUCUCUGCUGUGGCCUGUGUGAACAACCUGGCCAUGCUCACGGCCUCCGGCAUCUUCAACUCUCUCUACCCCGCCACGCUGAACUUCAUGAAGGGCUUCCCCUUCCUCCUGGGAGCUGGCCUCCUCCUCAUCCCGGCCACUCUGAUUGGGAUACUGGAAAAGGCUAGUUCUCGCCUUGAAUUCCAGCAGUUUCCCCAGAGCCCCGAACUACCCGGACCAGAAGACAAGAGGGCAAGACGGGCAGAGUGAAUCCGAAGCAGCGGAAGUCUGCCUCCAGGAGCCCAGCAGCGCUGGCGCUCCCUUCAAAGGACAGUGCUGUGCCUGGACGAGGUGCUCAAGUGCCACCUGUUCACGGCUAAGCCAGCCUCUGAUUAGGAUCCGGACCGGCCACUCCCACAGGGGACAGCAUAAGGUGACCCCUCCGGGGAGCAGAGAGCUCCUGCUGGAGGUGACACUUCAGGGACCUGGUGAAGCGUGAGGUUGCCAUCUCUCCUCCUAGCAGACCGCACAGCCCUCAGUCCCAGGUCCCUCGUGUACCCAGCAGCCACCUGUCACUCCUUAGUGAAGGGUGUGGAGCCUGGCCAGUGGCAGCCCCAGGGAGAAGAUGGCUGUGGGAGGGAUCUGGUGCCCUUUGGAGGAGAGUGCUGCUGUCGCUUGGUUGGGAACCAACCCUGGGCUGUGCCUGCCCAGCCCUGGCUUAACAGCGCCAUUUGUCACAAUAAAUCAUUUGGCUCAGA